AUGUAUCGUCUCCUGGUGGCCCAGGUCCUUUUGGGCUGCUGGAGUGUGGCACAGCCCUUCUGUCCCUCUCAGUGCACUUGUGUGUCUCAUGGACGUAGUGAUGGCACUGGCACCAGGUCUGUUUUAUGCAAUGAUCCUGACAUGGCAGAUAUUCCAGUCAACGUCCCUGUGGAUACAGUAAAGUUACGGGUAGAGAAGACAGCUGUGCGUCGAGUGCCCACUGAGGCCUUCUACUACCUGACAGAACUGCGCUAUCUUUGGAUCACAUACAAUUCUAUAAGCUCUGUGGACUCCGGCAGUUUCUACAACCUGAAGGUUCUACAUGAGUUACGACUGGAUGGGAACAUGAUCGCUACCUUUCCCUGGGAGUCUCUGAAAGAGAUGCCCAAUCUGAGGACCUUGGAUCUGCACAACAACCGGUUGACUAUUGUUCCUGUGGAGGCAGCACCUUACCUGGUUAACAUCACCUACCUGGACAUAUCUAGUAACAAGCUAACUACUCUUCCCUCUGAGUUGGUGGACAUCUGGCCUCCGUUUUCAGGCAUCCUGCCCAGUGCCAAUGCUUCACAAAAGAUUGUUCUUGGUCUGCAAGACAAUCCUUGGUACUGUGACUGUCGUAUUUCCAAGCUCAUCGAGUUGUCAAAGAUGGCCACCAUACCUGUGGUGUUAAUGGAUCUGUUUUUGACAUGCAUUGGGCCAGAGAAUUUAGCUGGUGUUUUGUUCCAGCGGGCUGAACUGGAUCAGUGCCUGAAGCCAUCAGUUAUGAUGUCAGCAACUAAGAUCACAUCCCCAUUAGGGAGUAAUGUUCUCCUGCGGUGUGAUGCCACUGGUUUUCCUACACCUACACUUCUCUGGACCAGAGCCGAUGGAUUGGCACUCAACAACACAGUUAUUCAAGAGUCUCCAGGUGAAGGGGUUCGUUGGUCCAUCCUCAGUUUGCAUAGUAUUGUACUGAAAGACGCUGGCGAUUAUCGUUGCAAGGCUAAGAAUGUUGCGGGAAAUGCCGAGGCGUACAUCACUCUAUCUGUGGAUGGCGUGGAAACGCAGACUCCAUCUGUGCAUGUAACCAAGAGACCGGAUGCAGAUUACAAACCUGUUGAUCAAACCGUGAUUUCUGUAACGGGUACACCUAAGAUCCCAGUUUUUACCUCUUUAAGCCCUGCAAUUUUACAACCAACAGUGCAGUUACCUCUGCAACCCAGCAAGAGUCUGGGACCAGGUGAAGGAGUGCAAAGGUCCCCACCUGCUAAAGACAGGCCAGCUAAAAUCCAGCAAGGCAAGGGUUACAUAAUGAAUGAAAAGUCGAAGAAAAAAGCUGAUGUCGAAGAUGUUGAAAUAGUGGAGGAGACCAGCGAGACGGCAGUCUUGCUAUGGACAUCUGAUAACUUGCCAAGCGACACACCCAUUACAGUGGUGUACUUUCCAUAUGAUGCUAAAGAUGAUAAGGAGUCAAUUGAUACAGUGGUGGGGCAAGGGAAGCUCCUGCUGGAAUAUUUGAUGCCUAACCAGAUGUAUACAGUGUGUUUGGUUACUAAGGGCUCUGUGAAAGAGCAAUGUGUGGAUUUCAGUACUUUGGGUAACACUGGCGAUGAUGGACAGAGCAAACUUUUGAUGAUUGCCAGUGGGGUCGCGUGUGUAGUUGCGGUGCCUCUCAUAGUGGUGCUGCUCUACAAGAUCGUGUGUCUAUGCUGUAAAGGAAACAGUACAGAGAACAGUGGACCAGAGGAGGACCUUGCAAAAGAGACAUAUGUUAAGUUUGAGACACUUACAAUGAAGCAAAGGACACUUAACGGCCAGCCCAACGAUCUUUGGGCCAGGAGACAGACUCAGGAAUCUGAGCGAAUGCUCCUUUGCUCGCGCUCAAGCAUUGACUCUCAAAUGACAUACAAGAGUGACACCUCUAGAUCUGAGUACUUGUGCUAAUGUAUAGCCUUGUGUUAUCCUUUCCACAGACUUGAGAAGCAACAUAAGUUUUAAAACAUUAGGGUUGAUGUCAAUCCCAUUGCCUUACAUGACUUAUCAUCACUCUAAAUUGUAUUUUGUGUUUAAUUUUAUACGUUUUGUUCACUUUUGUUCAUUUAAUCAUAAUGCUGUAUUUAUGAAAUGCAGAAGAUGUACAGUACUGUCUUGAUCAGAACAGUUGUCCUUAGUAAAUAUAAGCAAAGAAGAAAUUGGAAAUGUUUUUUAUAAAAAAAAAAAUCACAAAACAUUGUAUUGAUCUAAAAUGAUAGUGUGUGAAAGAUAUCAAAUCAAAUGUUUUAUUUCAUUUAUUUGAUUUGAUUUGAUUCCUUCCACACACUAUCAUUUUACAUAAAUACAAUGUUUUGUGAUUUUUAAAUACAUGAAAUAAAACAUUUAUUUGAUAAUGAGAUUCCACCUUUGUUCCACCAACAAAAAGGUUUUAUGAUUUUUUUUUAUUUAAGAUUAUUAAUCUUUAAAAAAUAUAUUUGCACAACCUUCUUUGCUCAAAUUUACAAAGGGUGCCAAUAAAGUACUUUGUGUAUGAUGAAAAAAAAUGCUGGGUUGAUGAAACAAAAAAUUAAA